AAACAUUCAAAUGACCCAAACAAGGAAAACCUCCGAGGCGCAAUGUAUGCGGAGCCAGGCAACCCCAGAUGUCCAGUCCUGAGCUUCAAAAAAUAUCUCGCCAGACGUCCGCCGGGUGUCACCGCCUUCUACCUCCAUCCACUAAAGGACCCCAAACCACAUCUCUGGUACUCCACACAGCUGAUGGGGAAGAACUACCUGGGGGACAUGCUUCCACGAUUGUCCAAAGCAGCUGGUAUGACCACCAGAUACACCAACCACAGGCUUAGAAGCACGGCUGUCCGUCGUCUGUCUGAGGCCGGGCUGGAGUCCAGACAAAUCAUGUCUGUUACGGGACACAGGUGUGAAUCCAGCCUCAAAAGCUACUGGGCCCCAUCCAACACGGACAAAAAAGUUUGGAGUCGGGUGUUGUCCGCACCCCAGCAGGCCUCCGCAGCAAGCAUCUCUCCCCCUCAAGCUGCGCAAUCCUCUCAGCCUAACUCGAGCACUCUUGCUCUAACCCCCAAACUGGGACAGUGGCUAAUUCCAAGAACAACAUCUGAGAUCCCUAUCCAGAAGAGUGCAGUCCCAGGAACAGCUAAGAACCCUCAGGCUCCCAGGCCUCUGGUAGAGGACCUGAGCUUGAAGGAAGAGGAAGAGGACCGCCCAGGAUGGGGCGAGCUGCUGCGGUCCAUCAGGACCAAAACCGCACGCCGCAAAAACAGUUUCUUCCCCUCAGCAGUCAGCCUCACCAAAAAGGCCCUGGACCCCCACUGA